GUGUCACUGAGUAGAUCACGUGACUUGGACAAAAUGGCAGACGUUUUGAUGAAAAAUAUUGCGGAAAAUAUUGGAGAAAAUGAGACUGAAACGGUGUCCUCAAGUGUUAAUAUACUGAAUGAUUUGUCUGAAAUUAUAGAAGAUGUACUAAGGAAGCUUCCUGCAAAAAGUUUGAACACAUGUUCAAGAGUAUGUAAAAGAUGGCAUGACAGUGUGAAGAGGAUAAAAAAGAGAAGACAACAGUUUUCCUGGAUUCAUUAUGAAGAAAGCAUGGCCACCAAUAUCAAAGAUGAAAUUGACUCAGUAUUACAGAAUAUGUCAAGUGAGCCAGGAACUGCUCUGAUAUUCUGCAGUAAUGCCUUGCAAAUGGAGCAGAUCAAGACGACGCCUGAAGAACAUGUAGGGCAGGAAGCCCAUCAAACAAGAGCUAGAUCAAAGAAGGUGACAGUCUUGGAUUACAUCAAAUCACAGCUGCCUCAACAGUGUAGAGUUGCUACAUCAGUAACAGCUGGAGUCGUGAGCACCACAUUUGACAACACCAAGUGCAGUGAGUCAGAAACAGAUGGAUCUCUGACUUGUUUACUCCUUCCUAAGAUCCCAGGUCUUGAUAUCUAUACCUUCAGUUUUGAUGGUUUCAUGGAUCUACCUGACUCUGAACCAGAAUCGAAUUACUUCAAUUGGCGUUCAGAACAUUGUCUCUGGGGAAUACAGAACAAUCCUGGAUUUCCAGAGGGUGUCAUACCAAAACUUUUGCUCCAGCUUAGUGCAGACCAUUAUUUCCCAAAUCAGGCAUUAACAGCAGCCUUGUAUGGGUAUUUCAAGCAGAAAAUAGUUGUAGCUGGGGGAAUGGUUGAUGAUGUGUACUUAGAAUCUUGUCAGGAGGACGAUGAUGACGACAUACUGAGAAGAGAGAUGUCAACCUUGGGUAUAGCAUUCUGUGGUGAUGACACAAAGGUCGCUAGUGUCAUAGUCCCAGCUGAUGUCACAAACCCUAAACAAGUGGAAUCUGUGAUGUCACAAUUAAGAGGGAGUCACAUCCCAGACAGUAACCGAAUUGGCUUCAUGUUUGCAUGCAUAGGCCGAGGUUAUGGAUUAUAUCAUAAACAAAAUGUGGAAUCUGAAAUCUUUAGGAAACUUUUCCCCAAAACGCCUUUAUAUGGAUUUUAUGGGAAUGGAGAAAUUGGGUACAAUUAUCUUCCUGAUUAUUCAGAUAUAAAGACAUGUGAUGAAUCUUCAGAUGAAGAGUUGCCAAUAUUUCAACAUGGAUAUACUACCAUUAUAGUAUUAGUAUCACUCAGUUAAGGUUCAUCGCAAUUUAAUUUCAUUUUCAUUUUCAACCAUUGCCAAACAUCACUGAGAUGAAUCUCUUAACUAUUAGAUAAUACUUUUAGUGGCCUUUUUACUGCACUUUGAAAAAGUGCUAUAUUGUCAUCAUCUUGUUCUAAGACAGGCCUGGCAAUUGAGACC